AUGGGACUCAAUAAAACUUAUUCUGCAAUUCGGAGUCAAAUUCUCCUCAUGAAGCCCCUGCCUACUGUCAAUCAAGCCUACUCCAUGAUUAUUCAGGAGGAGUUGCAUCGAGCUCAUCUGUCUGCCUCACCCAUUGAAGCCUCUGUGGUGUUCACAACUGCUUCCAAAGGUAGUGAAAGAAAACGUUUCAGUGGAACGUGUGACUACUGUAAAAUCAAAGGCCACAGUCACGAUCUUUGUUACAGACUUAUUGGCUUUCCACCAGACUUCAAAUUCAACAGAAAAAAGGUUUCUCAGGCUGCCAUGGCAGUUAACUCUGUACCUGCUAUUAAUGGAGAAGCUGAGAAUGGCUCGAUGGUUUCCUCUGCCGUUUCAGCAGCGCCUUCUUUCACUCCCGAGCAGUAUCAUCAAAUCUUGGGUUUUCUGAGCAAAAGUUCAACCUUAGAUUCCAGUGCGAAUCUUGCAGGUACUGUUGGUUGUAAUUUAUCUGCUUCCAGUAACUCUUGUGUGCGUUGGAUAAUAGAUACUGGUGCAACUGAUCACAUUUUGUCUGUUUUCAAGAGCUUGCAAUUUCCUGUUUUAUGUCCUGAUCUUUACAAUGGCAUGAUCAAGGGGAUUGGUAAAAGGUUUAAUGGACUUUACAUUUUUGAGUCUAAAGGAGCCACUGGUUUGUUUUCAAAUUCUUUGGCUAGUACUGGGGAUGUUUCUUGUGUUCAUUCUGUACAUGAUAUUUUUGUUUCUAAUAAAACUAGUCUUUGUCAUGCUAUAUUUGGGCAUGCUUCUUCUUCUGCUAUGAAAAAGCUUUCUUCUUAUGUUUCUGAUAAGUUUGAUUUUAUUUCAUUUACUUCUACUCAUUUUUCUUCUGUCACUAAAAUUAUUAGAAGUGACAAUGGUACAGAAAUUUUCAAUUCUCUUUGCUCUCCUUUUCUCUCUUCUCUUGGCAUUUUGCAUCAAAGUUCCUGUGUUCGGACUCCACAGCAAAAUGGAGUUGCAGAAAGAAAACAUAGACAUCUCUUAGAGCAACAUGUUCCUGUUGUCCCACAUGUUUCUCCUUCUAGUGUUGAACUUGGGCAAUCAUCACAACAGUUAGAAACUUCUAUGGUUCCAGUAGCUCCAGUCUUGGUUAGAGAAUCUACUAGGGUUCCUAAACAACCUCAAUGGUUAACUGAUUUUAUUUUCAAUUCUGUUUCCACCUCCAAUUAUCCCAUUUCAGAUUUCAUUUCUUACUGUCAUCUUCCCUGUAGCACACAGUCUUUUGUUUCUUCUAUUUCAAAGUCUGUUGAACCUAAGUCUUAUCAUGAGGCCAUUCAACAUCCUGAAUGGGUACAGGCCAUGAAUGAUGAAAUUCUUUCUCUUGAAACAAAUAAAACCUGGUCCGUUUUUUCUUUACCUUCUGGAAAAGUUCCAAUUGGUUGUAAAUGGGUUUAUCUGAUUAAGUACAAUGCUACUGGUGCCAUAGAAAGGUAUACAGCUCGUUUGGUGGCCAAGGGAUAUAAUCAGAAAGAGGGUGUGGAUUAUGUGGAUACUUUCUCCCCAGUAGUCAAAUUGGUUAUUGUUCGUUUUCUCCUUGCCAUUGCUUCUGUGUUUGAUUGGCCUCUAUUUCAGCUUGAUGUAUAUAAUGUUUUUUUACAAGGUGAUUUGUCUGAGGAAGUAUAUAUGGAACUUCCUCUUGGUUUUUGCAGUCAGGGGAGAAUAUGGUGUGUAGACUGCAAAAAUCUCUUUAUGGCUUGA